AACAAGAUUUUUGUCAUGCAGGGUUAAAGUCAUGAUGAAUGCGCAAACCAGCCAUCCUUUGGACCCGCUAUCCGCUGCUGAAAUCUCUGUGGCUGUUGCAACUGUCAAUGCAGCCGGAGCCACCACUGCUCCUGAGCUCAAAGAUAGCAUGAGCUUUAUUGAAGUGGUUCUGGUGGAACCAGAUAAGAAUAUUGUUGCACUGGCAGAUGCAUUCUUCUUCCCGCCUUUCCAACAGUCCUCCUUCUUUUCCGGGACCAAAGUUGGGCUUCCUAUUGUGCUUCCACCUAGGCGAGCUAGACUUCUUGUUUACAACAAAAAGUCAAAUGAAACAAGUAUAUGGAUUGUUGAGUUAGGCGCACGUCAUAGGGGAAAAGUAAUAUCUUCCCAUGUGGUUCCAGAUGUUCAACCUCCCAUGGAUGCCGUUGAAUACGCUGGUUGUGAAGCAGUCGUCAAAAGCUUUCCUCCAUUUAGAGAGGCAAUGAAGAAGAGGGGUAUUGAAGAUAUGGACCUCGUGAUGGUUGAUCCAUGGUGUGUUGGUUAUCACAGUGAUGCUGAUGCUCCUAGCCGAAGACUGUCCAAGCCACUUAUUUUCUGUAGAACUGAGAGUGACUGUCCCAUGGAAAAUGGCUAUGCCCGCCCAGUUGAGGGAAUUCAUCUACUUGUUGACAUGCAAAACAUGAUUGUGAUUGAGUUUGAAGACCGCAAAUUUGUUCCACUACCUCCAGCCGAUCCAUUGAGGAACUACACUGCGGCUGAAACUAGAGGCGGAAUUGACCGAAGUGAUGUGAAGCCCUUACAAAUUGUUCAGCCCGAAGGUCCUAGCUUUCGAGUUAAUGGGUACUAUGUAGAGUGGCAGAAGUGGAAUUUCCGCAUUGGUUUUACUCCCAAGGAGGGUUUGGUUCUGUAUUCUGUUGCAUAUGUUGAUGGAAACCUGGGUCGAAGGUCUAUUGCCCACAGGUUAAGUUUUGUGGAGAUGGUUGUGCCUUAUGGGGAUCCAAAUGAUCCUCAUUACAGGAAAAAUGCUUUUGAUGCUGGGGAAGAUGGGCUUGGAAAAAAUGCACAUUCUCUUAAGAAGGGAUGUGACUGUUUGGGUUUUAUCAAACACUUUGAUGCUCACUUUACAAACUUCACUGGAGGUGUUGAAACAAUUGAAAAUUGUGUAUGUCUUCAUGAAGAAGAUCAUGGGAUUUUAUGGAAGCAUCAAGAUUGGAGAACUGGCUUGGCAGAAGCUCGAAGGUCUAGACGCCUAACAGUGUCUUUCAUAUGCACUAUUGCCAACUAUGAGUAUGGAUUCUACUGGCACUUCUAUCAGGAUGGAAAGAUUGAAGCUGAAGUUAAACUUACUGGAAUUCUCAGCUUAGGAGCAUUGCAGCCUGGUGAAUCUCGAAAAUAUGGUACCACAAUUGCCCCUGGUUUGUAUGCACCAGUUCAUCAACACUUCUUUGUUGCGCGCAUGGACAUGGCUGUUGAUUGUACACCUGGUGAUGCAUUCAAUCAGGUUGUUGAGGUGAAUGUUAAAGUUGAGGAACCUGGGGAGAAAAAUAUUCAUAAUAAUGCAUUCUAUGCAAAAGAAACAUUGCUUAGAUCUGAACUGCAAGCAAUGCGAGAUUGUAAUCCUCUGACUGCUCGUCAUUGGAUUGUAAGAAAUACAAGAACUGUAAAUAGGACUGGUCAAUUGACAGGCUACAAGCUGGUACCUGGAUCAAACUGUCUACCAUUAGCUGGUUCUGAGGCCAAGUUUCUGAGAAGAGCUGCUUUCUUGAAGCAUAAUCUUUGGGUGACACAAUAUGCACAAGAUGAAAUGUUUCCCGGAGGAGAGUUUCCAAAUCAAAAUCCACAUGUUGGUGAAGGGUUGGCUACAUGGGUUAAGCAAGAUCGAUCUCUAGAAGAAACUAAUAUAGUUCUUUGGUAUGUUUUUGGAAUCACACAUGUUCCUCGGUUGGAAGACUGGCCUGUCAUGCCAGUGGAGCACAUUGCUCCUGUAAAUUCAUCAACCCCAUCCAUUCGUUUCCAGUUCCAAAACAAAGGGAAAACGCACACCAUCUUCCAUUUCCUUCUUCCUAAGAACCAGCGAAAAGCAAGAAGGAAACCAAUGUCCCUAAUUCUGUCACCUUUCUCUUUGCAUCUCUCGAUGCUUCCUUCUCCAUUGAAGCAUCAUUCUUCACAAAUUUUCAUACCCACAUCCCCAAGUAAUCUGCGGAACCAACUAUCAACCCGAAUAUUAUGUGUCUCGACCAGACCCAGGAGAAAAUCGGUUUCUAAUGGCGGGGAAACGGAAGCGCAGGACUUGGUUCGGGUACUCACGAGGAGUUUCAGUGAGAAAGAGCCGCUGGUGAAGACGCUGGACAAGUACGUGAAGGUUGUGAGGUGUCAGCAUUGCUUUCUUCUCUUUGAAGAGCUUGGGAAGACUGAGAAAUGGAUUCAGUGCCUUGAGGUGUUUAGAUGGAUGCAGAAACAACGCUGGUACAUUGCUGAUAAUGGGGUUUAUUCAAAAUUAAUUACAGUUAUGGGAAAGAGAGGCCAAACCCGUAUGGCAAUGUGGUUAUUCUCUGAGAUGCGUAACAGUGGUUGUCGGCCUGAUGCUUCUGUUUAUAAUGCUCUGAUUACAGCCCACCUCCACUCAAAAGACAAAGCUAAGGCUUUGGACAAAGCUGUGGGUUACUUUAACAAGAUGAAGUCAAUGGAACGAUGGAAACCCAACAUUGUGACAUACAACAUUCUUUUGAGAGCUUUUGCACAAGCCCGAAAUGUGGAUCAAGUUAAUGCUUUGUUCAAGGAUCUCGAUGAGAGCACUAUUUCUCCUGAUAUUUAUACGUUUAAUGGUGUGAUGGAUGCAUUUGGAAAAAAUGGGAUGAUUAGAGAGAUGGAAUCUGUUCUUUCUAGGAUGAAAAGUAAUCAGUGUAAGCCUGACAUUAUUACUUUUAAUUUGCUCAUUGAUUCAUAUGGGAAGAAGCAAGAAUUUGAGAAGAUGGAACAAGUAUUGAAGAGCUUGUUGCGCUCCAAGGAAAAGCCAACUCUGCCUACAUUUAAUUCAAUGAUCAUAAAUUAUGGGAAGGCACGGCUUAAAGAGAAAGCUGAAUAUGUUUACAAAAAGAUGACUGACAUGAAAUACACACCAAAUUUCAUCACUUAUGAGAGUCUUAUGAUGAUGUAUGGGUUUUGCGACUGUGUCUCUAGGGCCAGGGAAAUAUUUGACAGCAUUCUUGAUUCUCAGAAAGAGUUGAAAGUUUCAACACUAAAUACAAUGCUUGAAGUUUACUGCAUGAAUGGUCUUUAUUUAGAGGCAGAUGCCCUUUUUCAGAAUUCACAUGAGAUGGGGGUGAUUCCAGACUCAUCUACAUAUAAACUUCUAUAUAAGGCCUUCACAAAAACCAAAAUGAAGGACCUUCUGCAGAAGUUGCUGAAGCAAAUGGGCAAAGAUAGCAUAGUCCCUAAUAAAAGAUUCUUCCUAGAGGCUUUGGAAGCUUUGGGGUCUUGACCAGCUAAUCCAGAUUCUUCUAGAGCUAUAACUGGUAGCAGACCAGAAUGUACUGCAAAAACUUAGG